AUAUAACACUGCUUUUUAGAAUAGUAUGGCUGUUUUCUUACAUAAAUCUCAAAAUGUUAUAUCUUGGGAAAGGCAGGAAACAAGAUAAAAUAAUCUGUCUAAAAAUUAGGCUUAGAGGUUCUUCCCAAUGCAAAAAUACAAGACCUUAAAAACCUCACUGAAAAGAGUCCUCAUUAUGAUGAAAAAUUUGUCAAGGCAGUACUAGAGUCAAUUAUUGAAGCUCAGAUCAAACAGCAUAAGCUCGAAGAAGCUUAAAGGCAUAGACUCAAGAAGGAAAGGGAGAGAGAGUUUGAAUUAGAACAGCUGAGGCUGAGAAAUUCCAAGAAUAACAGAGAAAAUUCCUAAAAUAAUAUUCCAAGGUCAAUAGGAGAAUUGCAAAAUCAAUGCAGAGAUAUAUGAUCCUGAAUCAUUGGAUAUUUCUCUUUGUUUAGCGAUGUUUGAGCAUCAAGCUCACAAAGCAAAUGUGGAUGAAGGAGACUGAGUAUCGCAUUUGAUGUCUGUAUUGCUACUGGAUAUUGUUUCUAUUAUUCUAUGGGUGCUGGAAGAAGAGCUUGAUAAUUAUACCUAUGUAAAUAAAAUUCUUUUACAUGGUUUAAUUUGAAUCUAGAGGAUUUUCAUGUUAAAUUUGUUCAGCAUCAGUGGCAUGCAGUUACUCUAUACAAGGAUUUUGCUUUUGAACUGAGAAAUUACCUGGAUGAGUGGUUGAACAAUGUGGAAGUGCAAGAUUUUGAUUCGCUGAAAGACUUUAUAUUGACAGAUCAAAUUAAAUGUUGCAUAAAUAGCAAAAUUCCCGAACACUUCAUUUAUGAAUGACCCAGCAUAAUAUAUUAUCCUGAAUUAAUCAAGAAAUUAGGUGAAUGUGGAGCAGUGCAUAGUUCCAUAAAAAAGUUGACAGGUUUUGUUUUAAAAGCACAGCACAGAACUAAUUUUAAGGAAAGGAAGAAAGGUGAAUCUACAAAUAGAAUAUGUCGCAAUGAUGAGGGUUUGAAAGAAAAGGCUAUCAAGAAAUGGAAGUCAAAUAUCUUCAAAAAAUGGAGAACACUUAGAUGCUAUGAAUGAAAUUCAGAGAAUCAUCUCUGACCACCAUGCCCUCGAGUCGUUAAUAAUUUUAUUAUUUUGGGUACCCUCAACUGGGGGCUUUUAUUGUAUAUUAGUACUGUGAUUAGUCAAUGAUCUGAAGUGUUAAAAUCCUUAGAGAUACUGGAUUCACUUUUGACUAAAUAUGAAGGCAUGCUGAAAUUUUCUGAGAGAUAUUUGUACAAUAUUACAAUAUCUCACAGUAGUUAUAUUUUAAACUACUAAAACGUUUAACAGAACUCAAUUCAGAACAGAAAAAGCUGAUCUGAUCUCGCCGCGAAUUCGCUACAGUCAAUCGUAGCAAUUAUAAGAUGUCAGAAAGUGCUGAUGAUAUAAUUAGCAAACAACAGGCUGUUCUGGAUACAUACUUUAGUUUGCUUGGAAAUUUCGCAUUUGACAAAGCUAAAGAAUAUUUAGAGAAAGAAAAGGACAUUGCAGUAAAAAACCACACUGUGGCUCCAUUCUUCAGUUCUGCUUUAUCAGCUUUUGCUUUAUUAGCAACUGCAGAAAAGAAUUAUGCCAAUUUUAUGUUUCUUGGACCAAAAGGUUUUCUGAGAAAAGAUAGUUCAUUAAAAUCAAUGUAUGAAGGACUCAUGAAUGAAUAUCAGCGUCUUGAAGAGAGGCAUUACAUCACACCUGUAUCAACACCUACUAUGUCACCUUCCUCAUCUUGUCGAACUCCUUCUCCAUCAUCUGAUUUACCAUCUCCAUCUCUUCUUAGUGCAUGCAGUGAAGUAUCUAGCUCUGUUCCAAGUUCUAUUAGUAUUGGUAGCUCUGUCAGAAGUAGCAGCCAUCCUUUUCCAACUUACUUAGGCGAAGAUAUCUUAGAAAAUUUGGCAAGCCAUUUAUGUGGGCAGUUGUCAAGUUAUGUUAUUGCUCGUUUGAAGCUUAUGGAAUUUUAUGAGAAAAUGUAUGCAAUGAGUUCUUCAAGAUUUAUGAAGUUUGAUCUCCUGUUUAAUUCAAUAUCUGAAAUUAUCAAAACUAAUUUAAAACUUUUUCAUCAUCCAAUGCUUUCUCCACUGAAAUCCUCUUUUAGUUUUGAAUGUGAAAUUUUGAUGAAACUUCUUGAGGCUAAAAAACACAUGCAGAAUUGGUUGUUUUUACCAUCACUUCUUUGUUUGCAUGAUGCUCAUUCAAAGUUAGCAGCCUGGCUGUGUACACCCAAAGAGGCAAAAAAGUCCCCAUCAAGUACAUACCGAAUUCCUCCUGUGUAUAACUGGUUAAGAACUUUGAAAUCUUCUCUUGUGGCCAAAUUUACUCUCUAUUUUCAUGAAAUUUUGAGUAGACAGACAUCUGCUACUGAAAUGAAGAAUUUUUGUUCUAAAGCUACUGAAGAUUAUUUUCUAAAGAUUAUAACUUUUCAAAAAAGAUAUGAUGUUGCUUGUGUUGCAAUAGUGUUAGAUGCUAAUGGCCUGGAAGAAUACAGAGGUCAUGGCUAUAACUAUCCCGAUAAGCAUUAUGAUGUACCCAAAGGACUAGAAUCUUUCCCACCUAUAGUAUCGUAUCCCCCUAAUUGUUUUACCCAAGAAAAACAUUUAUCUCAUUGGCCAAGUGUUGUUAUGAUAAUAAAUAAUAAAGAAAAAGAAAUGCGCAACACAGAUAAUCCAGUUUCUGUUUAUGACUCAUUCAAACAUGUGUAUCAGGCACUGCUGCAUAAAGAGCCAGCAUUGGUCAAUCAUGAGGGUGUACUUCUUCCUGUUGAAGGAUUUCCCAUAAAGAUGGUUAUCUUCAUGGAACCUUCAACAACCAACCAGAUCUUGAAAAGGCCCUCAUGGACUUCUUUGCAUCCAAGACUCCUAUGUUUUACUGUGAUGGCAUCACACACCUAGUAGCCACUCAUUGGCAAAAGGCACUGAAUGCCGACGGUGAUUACUUUGAGGAUUAGGAGGGAUUAUUAUUUGUUUUCUUACUUUUUCUUUCUGACUGUCCAAAAUGGCAAGAACUUUUUUGGUUUUUGGUUACCUUGUACAAAGUUCUUCUCUCUGAGAGUUAGUUUAUUGGUAAAUUAUGAAAUACCACUGUUUUAUCAUUUUAAUUUUUAUUGUGUGUAUUCAAUUUGUAUUUGCAUUAGCAUUUCAUACAUUUUAUUUUCCUUUGCAUUAAUGAUUAGAAACGUAUUUUGUGCAGAUUCUUUAUUAAGCAACUGAGUGGAUCAAGUGUUCUCACACUUAAGGAACUUUCCAAACAUGUAAUUUCACCUUACUUCUGUUAUUUACAUUUUAGUUAGUUUCAUCUUUGUAAAAGAAAAUUCAUUUAUCUCUGAGAUGUCUGAAAACCAUUUGUUUUACAAAAUGACAUAAAGCAUGUAUGACACAUUUUUAUUUACAUUAAAAAUUAUAAAAAAUACAUAAUUGUAUUCAGUAACUGCAUAUUUACAUAGCAAAGCUGCAUUGUUUAUAGUACAUGCAAUUAUUCUUUUGAAACUGAAUAUUUAUUUAGCAGAAAAGAUGGCUGUAUAGUGUUUGCUACUAGUAUGCUUCAAUAACAUUAUUUAUACAAUAGCAAAAUGAACUUCUUAUUGUAUUUAAUGCCUGUAAUAUAAAAAAAAAUAAUUAUAUUUGAUUCCUUUUAUUACAUUAACUUCAUGAAAGAUUAGUAAGUGCUUUACAUACCUCCAUGCAUAUAUUAGUAACGAAAUUCAACAUGUAUUUCUAAAGAGAAUAUUUUGAACAUAAGAACCUAGGCUGUGUAUAAAAAUGUUACUAUGAUACAUCUUUGUUUUUUGCUUAAAAAUAUACUUUUUUAGGAAUAUAAUUCCAAACAUCAUUACAAAAAAAAAAAAAAAAAAAA